AAGAAAGUGGAGCUAACUCGAUGGCAAACGCUCAAGCUAAAUUAAUUUCUUCGAUUGCUGUUCGACCAGACGAUAUUAUAAACAACGGCAACAAUCAUAUUGAUACAACGUUAGAGCAAACAAGUGGAGUUGUUUCCUCGGUGUCACCGCAAACAAUUUCUGGAGGGGAAAAUAGUCCACCAACACCAAAGUUUUCAGACUCUGAUAAUUUAGGGGUGACAACAAGCUGGGUUUGGUCACAUUUGAAGAAGGAUGAAACACAAAAACUAGUAUUAUGUCAAGUAUCGGUAUUGAAUAAAGAAGGGGAACCCGUACCAUGUGCACAUCAAUUUCAAAUGUCAACGAGUACUAGUAAUUUAGCAACACAUUUACGAAGUCAACAUCAAAUUUAUGAUCCAUCAAAAGCAUCAGUUCCCGGCGCUACUGCUUCUGUUUCUGCUCCUACUUCUUCAAUAAAUCCCAGCAUUACUUCUGUCGCUGUUUCUACCAAUGGAUUUCACGGUAGCAAUGCUACCACUUCUGGGAUCAAUUCAAUGAUGUCUUCCACCCCAAUAUUAAUGAGAUCACCGUCAUUACAAAUGUCUUCAUCUAUUGCAAUGCCAUCAUCUCAUCAACAAGUUCAAAUUCUUCAGCAACCAUUAAAUCAACAACAUCAACAACAGCAUCAAUUAUUAAUACAUCCACCUUCAAUUCCUUUCUCAUAUCAACAGCAACAAUCUCCAUCCUCGCAAAUUCCAAGACAAUCAUUCGCACCACUGUCGCCUGAGCGAAUAAAAAUGCAUAAUAAAGAUAAGCAAAAUCGAUUAGUAGCGAAAUUAGUAGCUUGGUUGGUUGAUGAUUCACAACCUUUUAAACUUAUCGACAACCAAAAAUUUCGUGAUUUUUGUCAAGAAAUGGAUCCAAGAUUUAAUCUUCCUUCUAUAAACUCUUUAAAUACUUUUACGGAAUUGGGUCUCGGUGAUUUUAUACAAUCAACUCCGUCGUCAUCAUCUUCAUCAUCAAAUGUUUUAGUGCCAGUAAAACGCCCAGCUAAUGUAUCAUCAUCAUCACCUUCACCCAGUAGCAAUACUUCAACAAUUGAGGGAAUUGCAUCUCCAUCUAAACGACUCAAAUCUACCAGUAGUUGGGUUUGGAAUCAUUUAAGAAAAGAUGAUUCGACCAAAAUUGUCACGUGUCAAGUUAUUGUGCUGAAUGAGAAAAACGAAGAGGUUCAAUGUGGUCACCUGUUUCAAUAUUCAACAAGUACAAGUAAUUUAGCCUCUCAUUUACGUGGUACUCAUCGAAUUCUCGAUGCAAAUACUCCAUAUACUCCAACCCGUGCUGCUACUACUCGCACAAAUGCAACAAACGCUCCUACGACUUUUCGUACACGCUCAACUUCACCUACCACAAAUCCUUCCACAUCCCGAACACAUCCUAAAGAGAAACAAGAAAGAUUAAUCUUUAAAUUGGUAGCAUGGAUGGUUGAUGAUUUGCAGCCUUUCAAGUUAUUGAAUAGUGUUAAAUUUCGCGAGUUUUGUCAUGAUAUGGAUCCGAAAUUUAUGCUUCCAUCAAUCGAACAGAUCCAACAAAUAAUCGUUGAUUCGGCAAAUGGAAUCCAAGAAAAACUUGUUCACCUUACUCAAAAAAGUAUGAUCUCCUUUAGCUACACAACUGAACUAUGGUCAAAUGACCAAAAUUCUUUCAUUGCAGUAUACGUUCAUUGGAUCACCGAUAAAUUUAUUCAGAGAAAAGCCUUACUAGAUGUAGGCACUUUGCCCAUCAAUCCUACCAAUGAGCAUUUAUCCCAAGCAUUGAAAGAUCUUUUCGAUAGAUGGCAAAUAUCUGAUAAAUUACUAGCGACAGUUAAUGAUAUUAAAGACAAUGAUAACUCAAAGAUAAGCAAUUCUCUUAAAGCUGAUCACGUUCUUUGCGCUGCACACAUUAUCAAUACCUCGAUUGAAUCGGGUUUAGCAAAAUGUGACCACACCCUAAAGAAAGCUACUGCACUUAAUGACUUUCUUGUGCAUAGAGUAGAUAAACAUCGCGAUAGAUUUUUUGGAAUACAGGCAAUGGUUCGAUCAGAUAAACAAUUAUAUCAAGCAAUCAAACAAGAAUCGGGAAAUUGGAAUUCUAUUUAUCUGGUUCUUGAACGAUUACUAACGCUUAGAUCUGCUACGGAGGUAUUACAAACUGUCCUUGUUCGUGAUGCUGAUGUACAAAUUAAGAAUGAUGGUAAUGACCUAGCGAAGCUUUUACUCGCAGAUGAGGAAUGGGAAGUGGUACAAGAAAUAAUUUUUUUGUUGAAACCAUUUACACAAGUUAUUGAAUUUACGGAGUUUAGAGAAGAAAAUUCUUCUCUCGGUAUAAUGUUUCAGGCAAUUUUAAAAUUAUUUAUUCAUCUGAACCAAUCCCCUCAAAAUAUCAAAAGACCAUCAAUUCUCGAAGUUCAGAAAGAAAUUUUAUCAACAAUGAAUAAACAUUGGAAGAGUCCGGAACCUCUUGGUUUAUUGGCCACUCUAUUGGAUCCACGAUUUAAAUCACUGCAUUUGUUACCUGAAAAGAAACGAGAAGAAGCGGCAAAAUUGUUAAAUGAAAAAGUGGCAGCUUUUGGGGAUGUCGAUGCACCAGUUGGCAUAAUUAAGAAACCAUCAACUGAUUGUGGUAAUCCUUUGGCGGCAUUCUUUGAUGACGACCUUACUUCCUCUGCCAAUAAAACAGAAGUUGAUCUCUAUUUACGAUUACCGGAACUUGCAAAAAAUGAAAAUAAAGGGGCGCUUGAAUGGUGGCUGGAAAAUGCUUCAAAGUUUCCCGGACUGGCAUUGCAAGCACGCAUUUAUUUGGGAAUUCCUGGUAUUUGUGCUCCUGCGGGACGUGUUUUCUCUGAAGAUUCCGAACAGAAAGUUUUAUUGAAUGGAAAAAGACAACAACUUGAUCCUAAUUUUGUGCACUAUAUUAUGCUAUUCAAAGAAAACUCAACGCUGUUUGAGAAUACGCCUUAUCCUGUGUAUUUUAAUUAA